GUUGGGGUGCGGGAGGGGGCGAAGCUUAAUCUGCAAUGCAAGCCAACACAAGUCUCAGGUGGCCGAACUCCUUGAUCACCGCACCAUGAGAGCCACCUGAACUGACCAAGGAAGAGGUCUAGGGGGGGAGUUGUGGUAUGGUUUGUUAUGGUAACUUCUAGAAUGAUGGCGCUGUCUCCACCUCAGUGAUUUCCAUUCAUGCUGAUCCUCAGAUGGUCCAAACUUAUGACACCAAGUCGCUUAAGAUACCGUCUAAUACUGCAGUUCCGAUAAACCAGAAUGGUUAAGAUGAUGUGAUUGUCAAACAAAAUGUUUUGAGAUUACGAGAUUGCUUAACGAGGUUAUUAAAGGCGAGAUUCCGUUGUGUAUCAGGCGGUAUGGAUCCCUAACCCAUUGAACCGCGAGAGUUGUUACAUUGGUUAACUUUUGUCUUGCUAAAAGUUUGGGACUGAACAGGUGCACAUCUUCAGGAAGAUCCCAAAUUAAUGACGAGGUUUAGCCCUGUGCCAUUUUCGGCUUUAGCUGUCAAAAGUCCAAAAGAAGACCCAGAAGGCUCAAUUCAAUUCAACAUUUUACCCAUUGUAAGCCUACGUAGAAGAUUGCACAAUACACCCUCCUAUAUGAGAUCCAGAGACGCUUAACACGUGAGAACCCCGGACCUCCUUCACCCAAAACACUGACUUUCCAGUUUCUAGUAAUUUGAGCUUCCUUUCGAGCAAUGACCUCAGCCCGAGAAUGAUGAAGGCUGUGUUUGCCACAUCUGUGAGAGAAAUUGAUGCGUUUCCCCCAACUCAACAGGGACCAAGUUGGUAUUUGCACAACUCGCAGCCAUUAGUCCGUAAUCCGCAUUACCAAAACAUCUCGGACCUUUUGUACCAAGGGCUCGUUUCCAAUUGGAGGAUUCCGAGAAAGUUUAUUAUAAACACACAAGACAAAAAACCCUGGAGAAGAGAUGAGCGUACUGAUAGGCACAACAAUCCAAACAAGCUUGACUGGGCUCACAUGGUUUACUUUAAAGUAUGCCACGGGGGAUGUAAACUCGUUAGUGAGAACAGGUAUGAAGCUCAAGUGAUGGUUCAAGUCCUUGGCACCUGUUUGCUGUACGGAAUCUAAAGAGUCAACAUCCCCGCAGUGCUUAUUAUGCUUGACAUGCCGCACAUUUGGAACAGCCCUUCAACCCCUAACCUUUCAUUAUUGUCGAGAAGAACCCAAGUACUAUAUGCAAACUGUUGGAUCUGUCCAGAACUCGAAUGGAUUCUUUCUCGGCGAAUGGUCUAGCGACUCUUUGGUUUUAUAAGAAUCUUGCGAUUUGCAGGUGGUAAGCUAGCAACUGUAAUUUUGUCGUAAUUGUCUAGUUUAGUGGCAUUCAGCGGCGUCACUUAGUGUGCGGCGGGCUUGAGGGUGGUCCAUCGCGUGGGACGCCAUACUGAAGCGUUCACAAUCCAAUGAACAAUAAUUUACAGCCAAGUACAUAUCUCCAAAAAUCAAAACAGACCACAAACCACUGGUUUAGACCGCUUCAGCAUCAGAAACAUAAAUCUAUCUUUUCCAUAGUCAUUGUUGAAUAUCUUGUGUGGAUUUAUUUCGAAUGUCCGUGUCGGAGGGAUGGUCAGGUCGUCUUCAUUGAAGUGGUUACUUCGAAUGAGUGGUGAUGAAAGUCAACGUGGGAUUUAUCUUCUCAAUAGCAGACGAUGAUAUUUAUUACAGAUCUAAAACAUUCUCAUCGGGUUAGAGUGUGCAAGUCCGUGUUUGAACCGUUACCAGGUGUGUCUCCGUUGGGGGGGGGUUCCAUUUUUAUAAAGCAGAUGUUUAUGAAACGACGCCAGAUCUUCAUCUUCUAUGAAUGGGUAAACUUUUUCAGAUGGGAAACCCUUUCGCAAGGAAUUGAGGAUUACAUCAGUCUUCAAGAAAUUACAGCAGUUGUAGCUGACGCCAUCCGAUUGGACGAUAUGAGGCUAUGCAAUAUCUUCCGAUCUCGUAAUUGCUAUAGCCGCCGAAAAUGUUCAUUUCAGAGCUAAGCAGUAGAAGGUCGAUGGAUGGAUGGAUGGAUGGAUGGAUGGAUGGAUGGAUGGAUGGAUGGAUGGAUGGAUGGAUGGACUUCAAAAACCGAUUGGAAUACUGUCACACUUUGUACUGCUAAUUAAAGUUUGACCGUGUCAGGAUUUUAUCUGUCACAUUCUUUUUUGUUUUGAGGAGAAAAAAAAGGAACACCAUGGGCCUGCUUUGUGCGCCAGGAAGCUUAGCAUCCCCCCCCCCAAAAAAAAAUCCGGUGAGCCCGGCGAAUCCAAUGAGUCACAAUGCUGUCUGUUCAAAAAGAUGUGAAAGACAAAAGUGCUUUUCAUAUGUCCAUGGACUUUGCAUAAGACUUCAACGCGACCAAAAUGAUUAACGACAAGCUGAGUGCCUCGUGGUGAUCGAGUGAGUCGACUUCCUCUGGCAGGCGACAGUGAACGAUGGCUCCACGAUGCCUUCCGCUCUCUUUGUUUCCUUUUGCCUUUUGAUUGGCUCCCUUUUCCCACAACUGAUGAUUCCAACUGGCAUAAUGUGUGAAAAAAAAAUAUCAGCCCUCUCUCGAUCUUUAGAUUUUCACUGCAUGCAGAGAAUACAAAUGGCAGAAAUGAUGCUCGGACGAUAUCUACAUUUUCCCAAAGAUAUCAUUUGGCUGAAUUUUAUCGGUCCACAGACAGAUUCUAAGUUUUGUGUGUUGCCAGUCACAUUUCAUUAAAAAAUACUAUCCCAUCAAUUAAAUGGAGUUGGUUGUGUUCACACCCACAACGGCGCAAUCUGCCCUUUUUUUUUCAACAUGCCAGUUUGUGUCGCUGUCAAACUACCAACAACCUUUAGUUUUAUGGUCAGUAACACUUUGAACAAGUCAACGUAACAUCGACUCGCUUACCACUUGCACCAUUUAUUGCAUCAAUAUUGUCAUUGGAUUUGCAUACAUCCACAAGGCUAGACUUAACGCAUGGAUCUCCUCUCUCUCUGUCUCACCAUUGGCUCUGUGGGGCCGGAGGGGGCGUUGCUUCCCGGGCUUUGGUGUGUGAGUUUGUGUAUGUGUGUGUGCGCCUUGAGCUUGCACAGGGUGGUCGAGGAGGGGAUGGCUGAGGGAAAGCAUACUUGGCACCGCUCCCUCUUUUCAGCCGACACUCUCUAGUUAGUUUGCAGCGGGCGGCUAACUCCCUGCAAGGGGGGGAAAGACAAGUGUGUGUAUGUGUGCGUGUGUGUAUUUGCGGGGGGUGGGUGGGAUGCAUGUGUCAUAAAUAAAUAGUCUGGGCUGCUACUUUUUUGGAGUGGGGGGGCAAUGCGAUGAGGCGCGCGCACGACGCGGGUCUUGCGCUGCAGCGAAGAGCCUCCUUCGAUCCGGCGACCUGCCGCUGCUGACAAGCCGGCCGGCCUGGGGGGACGGACGAGGAGAGAGGGAGCAGGGGGGAGAGCUCGACGAAGGGGCCGCCGGGGACAGCACCGCCGUGGGAACCAUGCAGUGUGCAAUUUGGCUGGUGGGACUCGCGUGUCAUCUGUCAGCGCUUGUGCGGCUCGCCGCGCAGUACCGGUUGCAUCCGAAACAAGAAGUCUUCAUCAAGCAGCUGUCAUCGUACGAAAUCACCACCCCGCUGCGGGUUAAUGACUUCGGAGAGUCCUUCCCGCACACGUUGCACUACAGGCGCAGACGCAGAAGUUUAAACGACGAGCUGUCCGCGCCGCGGCUCCACUACCGGAUCGACGCGUUCGGACAACGCUUCCACCUCAACCUGAGCGCGCACUCGGACUUCAUCGCGCCCGCCUACGCGGUCACACACUUUGGAGCGGUCGACGAGAGUCAGUCGGAAGAAGUCGCGGACAUGCGCCACUGCUUCUUCCGAGGACACGUCAACUCCCGGGAGGAGCAACCGGCGGUGUUCAGCCUGUGCACCGGCCUGAUGGGCACUUUCACAACACCGGACGGCGAAUACUUCCUGGAGCCCCUCUUGAACGCCGAGGGGGAGGAGGAAUACGACGACGAGCACCACAAACCCCAUCUGGUCUAUCGACACGAGAGGAGGCGCAACAUCUCCAGCGACGCCGAGUCUUGUUCGGCCUCAGAUGACAGCAAGAGGACAGUGUCUUUGGAGAGUCGAGGGAACAUGGGCGACGAGCUAAACUCUCUCCGAGCCGCCGUCGCCGCUAACGCCGCUAACGCAACGCAGCCCAAGCACCUGCGGCGACGCAAACGCUUCCUUUCCUACCCUCGCUACGUCGAGCUGAUGGUGACGGCCGACGCCAAGAUGGCCCGUCACCACGGACGCAACCUGGAACACUACAUCCUAACAAUCAUGUCAGUAGUAGCAGCAGUGUACAAGGACCCCAGCGUGGGAAACCUCAUCAAUAUCUUGAUUGUCAAGCUGAUCGUCAUCCACAAUGAACAGGAUGGCCCCACGGUGAGUUUCAACGCCGCCGCCACUUUGCACAACUUCUGCACCUGGCAGCAGAAGCAAAACGUCAAGGACGACAAUCACCCUUCUCACCAUGACACCGCCCUCCUCAUCACCAGGGAAGAUAUUUGCCGCGCAAAAGACAAGUGUGACACCCUCGGGCUCGCAGAACUGGGGACCAUGUGCGACCACUACCGCAGCUGUUCUAUCAGCGAGGAAAACGGAAUUAGCGCUUCCUUCACCAUCGCUCACGAGCUGGGCCAUGUGUUCAACAUGCCCCACGAUGAUAACCCCAAAUGUAAAGAGGCCGGCAUGAAGCACCAGUACCAUGUCAUGGCUCCCACCCUUAACCAUGACACCAACCCCUGGUCGUGGUCCAAGUGCAGCCGCAAGUACAUCACAGAGUUCCUUGACACUGGCUACGGGGAGUGCCUUUUGGAUGAGCCCGUAGGCAGGACGUAUGAUCUGCCCAAUCUCCUCCCUGGUCAAAUCUACAACGCCAACAAACAGUGUGAACUCAUGUUUGGACCGGGCUCACAAAUUUGCCCUUACAUGAAACAAUGUAAAAGGCUGUGGUGUACCAGUGCAGAAGGAGACCAUAAAGGAUGUCGCACACAGCACAUGCCGCUUGCUGACGGGACUGAAUGCGGACAUGGAAUGUAUUGCAGACACGGGAUGUGUAUCAACAAGGAGCUGCACCUGCAGCCGGUCCACGGGGAAUGGGGUGCUUGGGGACCCUACAGCUCUUGCUCCAGGUCCUGCGGAGGAGGGACACGGAGCACCACCAGAGACUGCAACAAGCCAGAGCCUAGAAAUGGCGGUAAAUUCUGCGUUGGACGACGGAUGAAGUUCCGCUCGUGCAACACUGAACCGUGUCCGCGAGGACGCAAAGACUUCCGCGAAGACCAGUGCUCUCAUUUCGACGGCAAGCACUUCAACAUCAACGGUCUACCCCCAACCGUCCGCUGGGUGCCCAAAUACAGCGGCAUCCAAUUAAACGAUCGCUGCAAGCUCUUCUGCCGGGUUGCCGGGACGACGGCGUAUUACCAGCUGAAGGACCGCGUCAUCGACGGCACGCCUUGCGGCACGGACACUUACGACAUCUGCGUCCAAGGGCUCUGCAGGCAAGCGGGAUGCGAUCACGUCCUGAACUCGAAGGCCAGGAAUGACAAGUGUGGUGUGUGUGGCGGGGACAACUCCUCGUGCAAAACACAGGCAGGGACCUUCAACGAUGCUCAGUAUGGCUAUAACAUAGUGGUCCGCAUCCCAGCCGGUGCUACCAACAUUGAUAUUAAGCAGGUCAGCUACUCCGGAAAGCCAGAAGACGACAACUACCUCGCAUUAUCCGACAGCCAGUCCAACUUCCUGCUGAAUGGCAACUUUGUGGUGGCCAUGUUCAAGAGGGAGAUCACCUUCAAAGGCACGGUCAUCGAGUACAGCGGCUCGGACACUAAAGUGGAGCGCAUCAACUGCACGGAGCGUAUCGAAGAGGAGCUCGUUCUGCAGGUCCUGUGUGUGGGAAACCUUUACAACCCAGACGUCCGCUACUCUUUCAGCAUACCCAUCGAGGAGCACAGCGAGCACUUUGUGUGGGAUCCCUCGGGUCCCUGGCUGGAGUGCAACCGCAUCUGUCAGGGUGAGCGGCGGCGGAAGGCGGCCUGUGUGCGCAAGAGCGAUCACUUGGAAGUAUCGGAGCAGAGAUGUGAACACUUGCCACGUCCCGCCGCUGUCACCGAGCCCUGCAACGACGACUGCGAAGUCAGGUGGCAUGUUACCGGGAAGAGCGACUGCUCGGCCAAGUGCGGCGCGGGCUACCGCAGCCUGGAUGUGCAGUGUAUGAAGUACAACCUGAUGAAGAGGCAGCGCGAGCGAGUCGAGGCCAGCUCCUGCGCCGAUAUCGUCAAACCUCCGACUCGAGAGAGCUGCCACGGCGAUUGUCUUCUCAAGAGCUGGCAGUACAGUGCUUGGUCACAGUGCUCCAAGACGUGCGGACGAGGCAGCCGCAGCCGAGAGUCGUACUGCAUGAACAAUCUGGGUCGGCGGCUGGUGGACCAGGAGUGCGGCGAAUACCAGAGAGUUCUGACGGAAUUCUGCAACGACCAGCCGUGUCCCAAAUGGACCGUCAGCGAGUGGACCGAGUGCCUGGUGACGUGUGGUAAAGGAAGGCGACACAGGCAGGUUUCGUGCUCCGCCGCCACCGGAGAAGAAAAACUCAACGAGCACUUGUGCGACCCGUCCAGCAAGCCCCCGUCUGUCGGGACCUGCGAGCUGCCCGAGUGCGCAUCCUGGCAGGUCGGCGUGUGGGGAGCGUGUUCCGUUACUUGUGGCCAUGGCUACCAGAUGAGAGCAGUGAGGUGCUUGUCGGGGGGCUACGGCAACACGGUGGAUGACAGAGAGUGCAACGCUGCAGCCAGGCCCAGCGACAGCCAGGACUGUGAAAUGGCGGCAUGCCCGCGGGCUACUCCGGUCCAAAGCACACCUCCACCAGAUAACUCUGCUCAGCAUCGGACCCAGUGGCGAUAUGGCUCCUGGACAGCGUGCUCGGCUACCUGCGGCAAAGGGAAGCGGGCACGCUACGUCAGUUGCAGAGACUCCCAGGGCGGCGUGGCGGACGAGUCCUACUGCGUCCAUUUGCCCCGACCGCCCGAAACCUCCACCUGCUUCAGCCCGUGUGGUCAGUGGCGUAGCGGGGAAUGGUCGCCUUGUUCGGCGACAUGCGGCGCCGGGAGGUCCACCCGACAAGUCCUGUGCUCCAACUACCACCAGCCCGUGGACCAGUCCUUCUGCGACCCGGACGAGAUGCCUGCGACGGAGCAAGAGUGCACGGCGGCGCCAUGUUCCUCCGUCUACCAGCGCCAGCGCAUCAACGACCAACCGUACGGAUACCCCAAGGACCCGGGGCGCCAUCCCGGCCACAAUAGCUGGAACGUGCCGUCAUCCGACAACCAGUGGAGGACCGGACCCUGGGGCGCAUGUUCCAGCACCUGCGCGGGGGGCUUCCAGAGGCGAGUGGUGGUUUGCCAGGACGCCGAGGGCCGCAGCAACAGCUACUGCGACGAGAGGGUCAAGCCGGCCGAGUCCAAGAGCUGCAACUCGGGUCCUUGCCCGCUGUGGAACUACGGCGUCUGGGGAGAGUGCACUCAAAGCUGCGGCGGCGGCGGCAGGCGAACUCGCCUGGUAGUGUGCCAGCGGCCCAGCGGCGAGCGCCUCAACGACUACAACUGCGACAUCCUGGACAAGCCGCUGGACUUGGAGCAGUGCAACCUGCAGCCCUGCGUAGGCUCCGCCUCCUGGCAGCGCAGACCAUGGAAGCCGUGUUCGGUCACUUGUGGACGAGGAGUCAAGCAGCGGGAAAUUAUCUGCGUUGACCGGAACCAAACCAAAAUUGAAGAGGCACACUGUGGUCCCCUUCCUCGACCCCAAACUGAGAAAACCUGCCGGGCCCGCGGGUGCCCUACGUGGAAGGCCAACAGAUGGAGCAAGUGCUCGGUCACGUGCGGAGUGGGACUCCAGAGCCGAGGCGUCUUCUGUAGGCUCAAAGGCAGCGGAAAGGUCAGAGAAGAUCUAUGUGACGCUCCAUCACGGCCCGCCGUCAUCCAGCGGUGCCAAGCUGCAGAGUGCACCCAUUACACUUGGCUCGCCUCUCCCUGGAAAGAAUGCAACGCCACCUGCGGAGGCGGCGUGAGGAGCAGGGCGGUGAACUGCGUGGGCCCCGCCAUGACGCCGGCGCAAGCGGACUACUGCGAGCCGUCAUCCCGACCGCCGACGCGUCAGCCGUGCCAAGCGGCUCCGUGCCUCCACGUGUGGACUGCAGGGGACUGGUCGCAGUGCUCCGCUAGCUGCGGCGUUGGCUACCAGCAGCGUGCGGUCUCCUGCUCGGCAACACCCUCAUCUCGGGCCCCGCAUCUCUACGCCGUCGCCGGGGACCGCUGCCCGGAGCCUCGUCCUCUGAGCUCCCGGCCCUGCCUCCUCAAGGACUGCCCGCAGGCCUCCUAUUGGAAACUCGGACCUUGGGGAAAGUGCUCUCAGACAUGCGGGGCAGGAGUGAUGGAGCGCAGCGUGGAGUGUGUGACCUCCAAAGGAGCCGCGUCCAAGCAGUGCCGUCCUUCGGAAAGACCAGAGUCUCAAGCUGCGUGUCAAGAGGGAGAAUGCCAGUUAUUCGCCUCGUGCCGGGAUGUCCAGAUACGGCAAGGCGUCAGGAUGGACGGGGAAUAUUACCUCAAAGUCAAGUCGCGCAUCCUUCAGAUUUACUGCGCGGAGAUGCAAAACGAUUCCCCCAAGGAAUAUGUGACGCUGCGUAGCGGCCAGACGGAUAAUUACUCGGAGGUGUACGGCUACAGGCUGCUGAACCCCUUCGAAUGCCCCUACAACGGCACCCGAAGGCAGGACUGCAACUGCAGGAACGACUACGCGGCGGCAGGCUACACCCUCUUCCACAAGGUCCGUCUGGACCUGAGCACCCUGAGGAUACUCAUCACCGACUUACGCUACUCCCACACUCCUGUUGGUCGACCUGUGCCCUUUGCCACGGCCGGUGACUGUUACAGCGCCGCCAAGUGUCCACAGGGACAGUUCAGCAUCAAUUUGAUCGGCACCGGGCUCAGAGUGGCCGAGGCCACCAAAUGGACAUCCCAGGGCAAUUACGUUUCUGUCAAGGUCCACAGGUCUGAGGACGGCACAAGAAUCUAUGGCCGCUGCGGUGGUUUCUGUGGGAAGUGCGUUCCUCAGGCGCACAGCGGGUUCCUCCUUCAGGUCUACUGAGGAUCUCGUCGACUGCUAAUGACCAGCAAAAAAUAGUUGAUAGGACCCCAUCGACAUCUGCCAGCAUGUUGAAAAAAGAAAAAACUAUCGACUUCACCAAAACACGCGGCGACUGACUUAUUACGAUGCCUUUAAUUGUCGGUAUUUGAUGAAUGAUAAUCAAAGACGCCUGACACUUAUGAGAGACUGUUGACCUACUUUAAAUAAUUCACACACUGGAGAUUGCCAGAAGACUAAUCUAUUUAAUACUUUUGGGAAGUCUCCUCUCAAAACUACUAAAGAACUACUAAAAAUCCAUCGAAACUUUUUAACGAGUUUCCCCGCCCUGCAAAAGUACUCAAGAAGUGACUGACUGACAGACAUCACGUUCUCGUUUGCGCACGUUUAAUGUUACCCGCAUCCCCUACCUCCGCAUUUUGAUGUUUGACCAUAUUUAUUUCGGAACCACCUGUGCGUGCUAACCGUUACAAAUUCAGAAGCAGCGGCCGUCGCCAGGUUGUUGUUGUUGCGUCCGCUUUGUGUAGCAAAUAACCACCAAUGUCCUGAAUGGUGCUCGAAUGAUUACCUCGCAAACCGUGGCCGUCAAAAUAAAGCUUGCAUUAGGUUGUAGUCGCAAAGGGUAUCGGAUUUAAAUUUCCUGGGCAAAAGUUUUGGGACAGUCAAGGAGGGGUUGUCGUUUCUGAACCUUUAUUGAGUCCACACGUAUUUUACAUGACAAAAAUUGCACGUUUACUUUCUUGCGUUGAAAUCUGUGCUUGUUUAGUUGAACGCAAAACUAAUUAAGAGUGGUUCUCACUAUACGUAGGUCGCUGGUAUAACAUAGAUUUGUAUAAUAUUAUUGAAACAAGCAUCUUUAUUUUUUAUUUUCUAUUUUCACUACCGGUGUGCGUGUCCCAUUACUUUUGUCCGAGCCGUGUAUCGCCGUAAGAAUCGUUACUACCCGCAUCAUUUAGCUUAACUCGAUUAAAAAAAAGCUUUAACCAAAGUUAGAUGGAGUACAACGCAGCUUGUAUUGGUUGAAUAUAAGAAAACUGAAAUGAAUAUUAAAAAAAAAAAAAAAAAAAGUCAAUGAGCAGCUAGAAAACCUUCAUAUGGAUGAAGGCCAACCGUGCUAUGAGGUCUGUAUCAGAAAAUGUAAAGAAUACUUGACGCACUAUGUGCCAAACAUUUUUGUAGAGAUGUAAUCCUGUUCUUUGUAAUAACCGUGAAGAGUUGUAACUUAUGAUGUGAGUUGUUGUUUGUAAUAUUCAUACUUGAACCGUGCGCUAAGUACAGUAUGAAAAAUGGGCAUUGCAGAGAUGGUGCUCGUCUGCCUGCCGUUUUAUCCAAAGAUGUUUUUUUUAAUGAAUGCUAAUGUUACCUAUACAGUAUGUACAGUACAGUAUGUAGCCUGUAUAAAAAAAAAAGAAAUGAUUUAUGAUGGUGCUUUCUUACUAAUCGUACAAUCGUAUGUCUUGCCACUACUAACACUGGAGAAUAAGGAAUAAUAAAUCAUGAAAUGAAAUCCCUUCAA